GGUGCGCUUUAGUUGCUGGCUAAGCGCCGCAGAUUUCGCGCGGGGCGGGUGUUGUCAUUGUAUUUUCACGUGACGAAAAGUGAUUUUUCGUGGGAUAUUCGACAACAAAUUGGGUGAAAAUGCCGCCGAAAAAGCGGGAGAAAGAAUUGGAUGGACAGAAGGGCCCCCGGAUGGAUCAGAUACAAGCAGAUCAUGAGCUAUUCCUACAGGCCUUCGAAAAACCAACCCAGAUUUAUCGAUUCCUACGCACAAGAAACCAAAUCUCUCCAAUAUUUCUGUACAGAAAUUUAACUUACAUGAGGCAACGUAUGUCUAGAAGUCAUAAAUCUCGACGGGGGUUUAAAAUUGAUACAAUGUUGGAAAAAUUAAUGUCCAAGAACAAUCAAGAACAAAAUCCAGGAGUCCGUGGAUAUAUGACCCUUACUUUUCUAGGUUUUUAUGAUAAAAAAGCUGAAGCACCUCAAGAUCCUGUAAAAGUAGAAACACUAUUAUUGAAAAUUUGUCAUAAGAAACGAAAAGAUGUGAGUUCACCAAUUAUGCAGGUUUCUGUUGGUACAAGUGAAGUUCCAAUAAAUCCUUCUGAAAAUCAACCACCGCCAAAAGCACCUACUAUAUCUAUACCUAAUGAAUCUUUCAGCUUAAAUAAUGGCCAUGUAGCAAAAACGUACAUGCUUUUACUUAGAGUUUAUUGUACAUCCAAUACCAGCUGCCUUAUGCAUAACUGUGAUUUAGAUGAACCAGCCCAAAAGCGUCGUAAAUCCUCCACUGGUUCAAUUAAAACUGGAGGAGAAGAAGUAAAAUUGUACGGUUCUGAACUCAUAGUGUAUGAUAAACAUAAUCGAUGUUUAUUGACAGAUGGUGAUUAUGAAUUAGGUUUACAAGAAGUACAAACCAAUGUUCGAUCUAGCCCAAAGAAGCACAGCUCUUGGGAGUCUGUACCUGACAUCAAGGAAUGUGGUCCUUUUGAAGUGUUUAGCAAAGGACCAACAUUAAAAUUUAGACUUAAUUGGACAACUGAGCCAAGCAAUGGCUUGGUAGAUAGGCCAACUCCAAUACAUCCACUACCAAGUGGCGAUAACAAGGAGAACAGAUCAGGAAAUACUGGUUUAGAACGUUCUUCCACAAAUAACAACAACAAUAAUAAUACUAAUAACAAUAAUAGUAAUCACAAUAAUAACAAUACCACACUGCCAACACCUAGUCCUCUUAAUUCUUCAAGAAUUGCAACACCUAAUGAAAAAACAGAUAAUUCAAUGGGUACACAACAAAUAGUUUAUCAAUUUCUGUAUAAUAAUAAUAGUCGUCAACAAACUGAAGCUUGCGAAGAUUUACACUGUCCAUGGUGCUCUUUAGACUGCGGGAAGCUUUAUUCUCUCUUAAAGCAUUUAAAAUUGUGUCACUCGCGAUUUACUUUCACAUACGUGCCGAUUCCACAAGGUGCUCGUAUAGAUGUAGCAAUAAACGAAUGCUAUGAUGGCUCGUAUGCAGGUAGCCCUCAUGAAUUGAUUUCUCAACCUUCUAACGUAGCUUUCUCAAGAACAGGUCCGACAAGACGCACAAGUGUCACAAAUAUUUUAGUAUGUCGUCCAAAAAGAACAAAACCAAGUCUUUCGGAAUUUUUAGAGCUCGAUGAAAAUGAAUAUGAAAGCCAAAGACCUUAUAUUACAGGACACAAUAGAUUAUAUCAUCAUACUGUUACGUGUUUGCCCAUAUAUCCAAAGGAAAUGGAUAUUGACUCGGAAGGAGAAAAUGAUCCAAAAUGGUUACAAACAAAAACAAUGAUGAUGAUUGAUGACUUCACAGAUGUAAAUGAAGGAGAGAAAGAACUCAUGAAAAUGUGGAAUUUACAUGUGAUGAAAUACGGUUAUGUAGGAGACUGCCAAAUACCACUAGCUUGCCAAAUGUUUUUAGAAACUAAAGGGAAGGAAUUGCUCAUGAAAAAUUUAUAUCGUAAUUUCGUUUUACACAUGUGCAGUUUGUUUGAUUUCGGAUUGAUUAGCCCUGUGAUUUUAUAUCAAAUGAUUCAAAAAUUGCAAGAGAUUAUGAAAGAAGGGGGCGAGAACAGUGAUAUCCGAAAAGUAUUGCAAAAAUCGCAUGAAGCUCAAGUUGAUAAGUGGAUUAGUUCUGGUUGUCAUGCCUCUUCGGAUACUAAUAAACAGAGUAUUACAAGUACUAAAGUAAACUUUAAUAAUGACGGAGGAAGUUCUAAUGCGAGGCGAAAAACAUCUUUACCGCUUGGUUCGCCAAAUUCGCAAAAUGUUAAAACAACGGUGUCUAUUCAUAACAGUGUUAGUAAACAUGCUAGCAUGAUAACUACAUCAUCGAACAAGGCUGUAAAUCAUAGUAAUUCAAUUCAAAAUUCUGUUAACAAAAAUACUGGAACGUUUACUUCUGUACAAGGCAGCGCGAAUAAAACUGCUUCUACAGUGUGUGUAACGAGUACUGUUAACAGUAAAACAUCUUCAACCAUUUCAAUGUCCAAUGGAAUGUCUAAUCAAAAUGAAACGGCGCAAAGACAAAACAGUGAUAUACCUACACGGCGUAAGAGUACAAAUUCGAUAACCCAAGUUUUAGAAAAUGCAACGCCUUUGCGCCGAAAAUCGAUGGCCAGUGAAAGUGCAACUACUGAAUAUCAUAGACGAAAAUUAGUUUUGGAUACAAUACCGAACGCCAGUAGUACUCAUCAAAAACCACCCCAAAAUGGAAAUAGUUAUUAGUAAACGUUAUACAUGUGUCGCUGUGCUAAUUGUACGUUUUUUGUACAGUAUUUGUUGCAAAGAUAAUUCCGAAUAGAAUGAUUGAUAUUAAGCUAACACUUGAUAAUCACUGCUCUAGCCAGUAAAAAAGAAAUUUUCUAUGAAUUCGAAAGAUUUAAUGUAUAAAUGAAGGAAAUAACAUAUUUCAAAAAUCAAUUAAACUUCGGUAACUUAUGAUUCUAAUUAAAAUGUUGACGUAACAUCAAACAGUUUUCAAUGAACUUAAUUGAAAGUUUGAUUUCACGAAAAUAUAAUAUACCCGUUCUUUUUUUGGUCUAGUCAAUGGCACUUUGUUUAUGAUUCUCUAAAACUAUUUGCUUAGUAAUGUACAAAAGUUAUAUUGCCUCAUAUAUACAUACUUAUGAUUUCAUUGUUCGUAAAAUAUAGGAAUUUUUUUAAAUAACAAUUCUGAAACAAUACAAGAAACGUGGAAAUAACGAAAAAAUAAUAUAUUAAAAUUUAUAUAUAAUUACUAUUCGUGGAAUAACUUGAGGGCACUGAAUAAGUCUAGUAAAAUCAUAAUUAGAAAUGAUAGAAUAUUCUUUUACAUAGUAAAACAGUUGUACCUUCUAUGUAAUAUUAAUUUAAAUUAUCAAUUAGAUUUAUAGAAAAAGUUAUUAAUAUCUAAGGUUGGAAACAAAAUUGAAAAGCUAUCAUGCAAUCUCUUUAAUGAUGGGACCUUGGAUAAUGGAUUACUUCAAAUAUUUCUUGUAAAUUCAAUUUAAUAAACUGAGGCUGUAAAUUAUAAGUUUUACCCAAAAUAAGGAAUAAGUGAAUAGUUAUAAAGAAGUGCCUUUACAAAGCCAGGGAAUCUGAAUAUGAGAGUGACUAUCGCUAAGUUAUAACUUUUAAGUUGAGUAUUCGUACUCAUUUACAAUGUGUUAAAUCUCUUUAUGAUUUUUAUUUAGCAAAAUAGUUUCUCACCGAUUGUCGUUCCGUCGGAUGAACUUGUGGAUAAAAUUUAGUACAUAUAUUACACUGAACUUAUUCUGCGUGUAAUGUACGCAACUCUACUGCCGAUAGUCGUUCGAAGAAACAUAAUUUUCAUUCCCGUACGUAAGUACGUGACUUUUCUUUAUACUUGAGUUUGGAUUAAAUUUUUUAAUCCCGCUGAAACUCCUAGUAAGUAUUUAUUUACGAGGAAACUUUGUUCUCUUCGAACGACUUUAAUCACUGUCCAUUAAUAUUAUUACUUAUGUUAGGUUGUAAAUAAAAAAAAACAAUAAACAUAUGGACAUGAUAAAUCAUUUUUAUUUGAUAUUGUUAAAAAUGUGUUGAACUUUCUAAAUGUAAUAAUAAUUUAGGAAGGUUUUACUUAGUAAAAAAAUUAUACUACAGAUAAAAGUACUUUUAUUAGCAGAAUAUCCCAAUUUAUAAUUGCUCUGAAAAUUAAUUGAACCAAAGAAAAUGUACGUGAAGCCAGGAGAUAAGAAAAUGGAGCAAUUCAUAGGUUGUAUAUGAUACCAUAGCAAGAUAUAAUGGACAUUCCUAUUUAUGUUUGUCUUAUCUCUUCUGGUUCUAUGCAUUUCUCUUUGAAGUCAAUUCAUUAUAAAAGAGCUAUAAUAAUAUUGAUUAUCCAGUUUUGACUGAGUCUAGUAUUUACAUAUGUACAUAUUUAUAUAUAUAUAUAUAUAUACAUACACACAUAUACACACACACACACACACAUAGUAGUUGAUUUAUAGUAAUCAAAUGUUUUUUUAAAUCACAAGCAGUAAUACCAUUGAGUAAAUGGAAAAGAAUUUCUAUCUCUAAAUACAUACAUGUUUUUACAAAGUUAUAAUUUAUAAAUUAUAUAACCUUCUUCCAAUCUUAUAAAAAAAUUAAUAACGAUCAUGUAUGUAAAUUUCUUUAAUUGUUAUAAAUAGUUUUUAAUUGAGAUUAAUUUUCUAAUUUGUCACUACAUUUUUUAAUCCCUACAAUACUGUUACUAUUGCAUACUUAAUACUGUUCAGAAUUUAUUUACUAAUUAUUAUAAUUUAGCAUCUUUCUCAUUUAUUUUUUAUCCUAAUUAUUAAGUAUUAAGUUAAAUUAUUCACUUAAUUUAUUUUGUAUUUUCAUGAGUACCAUUUGCUUUAAUCUAUCAUACUUGAAAUAUCGUGGAAAGUCUAUUUUAAUAUAUUCUAUAUGCCAAUUUUCUUUCUGUGCCUCAAUGCAUUUUAAAAAUUCUUCAUACAUUGGAGCUGUAGUGUCCAUAUUGACUGUAGUGAAAACAUAUCUUUUUUCUAAAGCAAUAUAAACUACCUUUUGAAUUUCUGAAGUUAAAAGUUUCUUUAAUGUUUGAACAAACCCUUCCGUUAUGUUUUCAUCGUAUAUUACUAGAAAUAAUCAUUUACUGCAAUUAAUUUGUACAUUAUUUUGAUAUUAGUUGUGUUUAAUUAUAACUUACCAUCCGCAGCCAGAAUAAUUGUUGCUUCAUUUAUUCUUUUUUCAUAAAAUGUAGGCCAUGUUAAAUUUAAAAAGUUUAAUUCUUUAAUAGAAACUUUAGAUUUGAUGUAAGCGCUAUUUCUUAAAAAAUUUCUAUGUAUUAAUUUUAAAAUUCCUUCUAGAUCAACAUCUGAAAAAUAAGGAAAAUAUUACCAUAGUAUUCAAUACAUAUGAUCAUGAUACAUAAUUUGAACAGAAUUAAAGUUUAUAUUGUUUAUUACCUGUACAAAUUAUUUCUUUAGCUAGAAAGCUUGCAACUAUGCUCGUUAAACCAACUCCAGCUCCUAAUUCUAGAACUAUCUUAUCCUUAAAUAAAUCAGGAUUUGAUAAAAUAUAAUCAGCUAGUAAUAAGGCACCUCGCCAUACUUGUAAUCCCACGUGUUGUAGAUUUGUAGAUACACGAUGUUCUAAUAAUAUGUUUAUAUAUCCCAUAAUCUUUUUAAAAAUAUUUUUUUAAUGUAAUUAUAUAAUUAAAAACUAAUUUAUACCUAUUAUUAAUUUCCCUUCUGUUUGUCUGUC